CGAACGCUGUGAUGGGCGAGCGUGUGUGCAAUAUGGCGGUCUCAACGAUUGUGAAGUGCGCGAAGUGCAAUAUUGUUAUUAACGAGGUGUUAGCUUUUAUGCAAAACAAACUAGAGGUGAUGGACAACGAAAGUUUAAUACGAAUAUGUAAAACAGGAUUUUCGGAAGAGGCCAUCGAUGAGGCAAAAAAGCUACUGUUUGAUGCAAUAUCAAAUAGUGGUAGAUUGGUAUCUAGAAGGAACAACAAAGCUCAACGUGACUUGGAAGAUAUGCUGAACCUGUUUGCGAACACGGAUCCCGAAAAUAUCCCAGUGUUCGUGGCAAAGGAUCUGCAUAAACUUCCUCCGAUUAGUUUCGAUCAUGUGGAUGUGACAAGAUUAUUAAAGGACUUAUUAUUAUUGCAGUCGCAAGUACGGGAGAUCAAGGAGACAUAUACCACGAAGGAAGAGUUUAACACGUUAAAAAACGAAUUGCAGACUUGUAGAAUUACAAAUAAUACCUUGACGACAACCCCGGCAACAUUCGUAAAUCAUAAACGAGGUGCAUACUUGUAUGAUAGUGGGCCGUAUGGCAUGACUUUUAAUAACGAAGCUAGUGCAUUGUCCGAGCGAAAUACCACUGAGGUCACCGACCCAUCCUGCGCGCCUUGUCACACGCAUGGUGUGGACGACAUACCUUCCGUCGCACUCCCACCUAUGUGCGAACCAACGCUGACGUCGGAACGGAUUACUGAUAAGGAACAAAGCACUCAAGUUAGCGGGAACGCAGCUGACCUUGGCAAUGAAUAUUGCGUAGUUACAGGUAAACAAAGGGAAGAAUUUAUGCCGUUAGAGACACAUGACGCGGAAAAUAAAUCUUAUUCUGAUAUUUUGAAAAAGCCUAUUGAUGCAAAAAGUAAAACGGAUGAGGGUCAAUGGCAAACACAAGGACCUCGUAAACCUAAGAAGAAAAGUUUGUUUAUUGGUAAUAUGGGAAAAGCGAGUCUGGCCGCCGACUCGAAAUUUAAAGCGGCGGAAAGUAAGGUGCCGGUCUUAAUUUCAAAUGUGCAUAAGGAUGUGACAGAGGUCGAUAUUACUGAUUACAUUUAUAAUAAAACUCGAGAGAAGGUGGUCUUAUGGAAACUUGCAAUGAAAAAGGACAAAGGGUAUAAUUCAUACAAAAUUUAUGUAAAUCAAUCGAAAUUGGAUAUAUACCUUAAUGAUAGUUUAUGGCCGAGUGGCAUUCGGUUCAGGCGUUUUGUUACGUUUACAAAUAUAAGUAAAGAUACGAAGGUGGAAAAAAGCCAGAGCAAUCGAGAAAUCGAGCAAACGAGUAGCCAGGUAAAUAUAAAUAUUUAAAUGGGAGGAAAUUGUAAAAUAAUUACCUAUAAUUGUAGGUCUUUUAAAAGGGCUAUUGAUGGUAUAAGAUUGCUGUGUCAGCAUGCCGACAUUAUAGUGGUUCAAGAAACAUGGCUCAUGCCGUUUGAGAUCCCACUCCUGGGGACGGUGGAUGCUGA